CAUUACUGCCUGGAUUUUCAUACGCUACACACCUUCCCAGGAAGAUUUUAACAUCACAGCUGUGACGUCGCAGGAAAAACAGGUCCUCAAUAAUCCAAAAACACCGAGAACGCAUCUGUCCGGAUUUUUUUAUUUUAUUUUGUGGAAAUUUUUUUUAUAACUCGCGGUUUUCGUUCGCUCAAGAGGUCACCGUUCAUUGAUAACCAGAUGAUUAGCUGCUCGUUUCACUGCCAAAUCUAACCACUGUUCUUCUCAAAGUGACAUGCUCAAAUAUUGAGCAGCUGCAACCUCAAAUCCACUAGAACAACCACCGUCCAAAUAUAUUUCACAUAUUAUUUUAUGGCGGCUGUUUCCACUCUCAGAAUGCCAAUUUUAAACACGAAGGAAAUGGCAGCCAAGUUCAAACAGAAUUGGUUGGCAAAGAAUCCAGCAGAUCCGUCCGAGCUACUUAAUGGUGCUCCCAACCUCGACGACAGUUUAACCAGCUUAAAUUGGUUACAGAAUUUGAGUAUUAUGAAAUUGCAACCAACCCCUCCAAGCAGCUGUAUGGCGAUGGAGACUAAAAAAAAUAAAAUUACAUUAUCUGCCAUUUAUAAAUGGAUUCAGGACAAUUUUAUGUACUACAAAGUAGCUGAGCCCAGCUGGCAGGAAGAAAAGGAGAGUGAAAAAAUCACGGAUACUGUUAAUAAGCAAAGAUGCCGUAAACAACCAAUACCAAAGAGGAGGAUUAUGAGUGAACUUGAGCAUAAACAUAAACAUAGAUUAGCACCACUGAAAACAAACCAUAUAAGUUUACAUGACGAUGUGAUAUCAGGUGGUAGCUUAAAAGGAGAAUUCAGUUGGAACUCGGUAUUGGAUAACGAAAUUGAAGUUGAUGGGAUUAAAAUUAAAACUGAGGCUAUUCUUGAUGAUGAUGAUGAAACAUUUGGAGAAGAGUCACCUCUUUUAGAUCUCAGUCCACCACAUUCAAGUGAUGGCACCUUUGACGAUGUCUUUAUCCCAGAUAACCCACUAGAUUUGACCGUCCGAGGGUUUCAUAUUUCACCUCCAGAAUGGUUUGAAGAUCAUCUGUACUCGGUUGAUGACAUUGUUCCGAACACAGCUGCUAUUAACUACUUUGAAGAGAAUCUACUUGAUGAUCUGCCACCAUCCCCUGCCAAUUCUAUUGGUGAACAGGCUCAUCCAUGGGCGGAAAAAGACUCUGGUUGCUUUGACCUUGAUAACUUGUUGGAUUUUGACAAUGUUGCAGACUCUCCUCUCAUGUAAAAAUUAACAAUUAAGACUUAUUAUGAAAAUACCGUCCAAAUAUUUUACUCAAAAGUCAAGGUUCAAGUAAGAAUUGUGGUAUCAACGGGUAAAUGCAGGACCAAAGAUGGGGAAACUAACAGCUUCAGGUGUGCUGUAAAAAAAACAACUUUUGUUUAAAACUCUGAGUGGCAACAGUAUCCCAACAUUGAAUUGCAUUUAAUGUCCUGGGCUCAACAUUUUAAAUGUUGUUGAAAUCUAAAUUCAUUGAACUAAUGUGUGAAUAAACCCAGUGUAAAUAUUAAAGGGCUUGGCUUGUCAGCCCUAAGUUUAUGAGUGAGCUAUAAAACAAGUUGUAACUUGUUUUUGUGAAGUUCGUUUUUUUUUGUUUUUUUUUUACCAGAGGAAGGUUUUCCAAGGUACAAUUGGAGUAAGUUAAAAACUAAGACAAAUUUACAAAAUUAUGGAUAACUAAAUGCACAUUGGUUUUAAAAAAUGUUGUCUUUCCAAUGUGUUGAUAAUGUAAUUUAAAGUUAAAAAAAAAUAAUAAAAACAUUAUUUAUAUUGUGUAGUAAAUGAACAUGCAGGUUCAAGUUCACUAUUAUGUUGAUAAAUUUAUAGAGAAUUAUAAAUAUACAAGUACUAUUCCAAGAGAAUGUACAAUAGUAGAUUUCUAGUGUAUCAAGUGAACAGGUGUCUGAACAAAAAUGAAAUUAUGUUCCUAUGAAGAGUGAAAGUCAAAUGAAACUAGUUAACUAGUUCUCGUCCAUUAAAUAUACAUUACUUCAAGUGAAAUGCUCAUUACUGAAUGGGUUGACUAAAAUUAAGAAACAAGGUAUAUUUAGUGGGAUUAAAUUGUAAAUAAAAGAAUUCCGUCCAUUUUUCAUGACGAUAAAGAGAAAUUUCCAGUUGUUCAGAGUUCCACUAUGAAAGUUUUCAGAUAGCAAAAAGAGUGAUAUAUUUUUCUAUUAAUAUUAAUAAUGGUUAGUUGACACUGAGUUACAAUCUUUUCUUUGCUUGGUUUGCAUUCUAAUCCCUUAACUGUGGCACUUAUCUUGUUUUAAAAUUAGCACAAAGUAAAUGGCUUGGUAAUUAUUAUAAAUGUUGGACACUUUCCAACAUGCUGUAUUUGAUAAAAUCUGUAAUUUAAAAAGCAUUUCUUCUUAACAGAUUGCUACCUAUUGAAAAACAGUUUAAAUAUGUAUUCAAAAUAGUACAUUUUUGUGACCGUCCUUCGUUAUGUAGUAGUGAAAGCAAUUAUCCUGUCUGAACCAUGAAUUAUUUUUCUCAAUGUAAAAAUGGUACAGGUCAAGUAAUGACUUCACAGUUCGGCAAUCUCAGCUGUCAGGAGUUUUAAAUUGCAGUGUUGUUUCAUUUCAUAACACAAACAGUUAUAAAUAGGGAAAAAGACAAAAGAUGUAACAUGUUAAGAGUGAAAGUAGAAACGUGCAACCCAAAAUCAAUAUUUGAACAGAGAAAAAAUGUGGAUUGUAAUUUAUUUACGCCGAUUCAAUAGCGUAUUGAUUGGCAAAUGCAUAACUUUUAAAAAGACUUGCAGUUAAAUGACUCUCUAUAAACAUGUGCAUUGUCCCCUGUUAAGUAUUGUGAUGUAUAUUAGGUUAGGUAUUGUAUGAGCAGCAUAUUCAUGAAGACUUGUAUUUUUUUGUUAUGCAAAUUUAAGCUCAGUGCUGGAAUGUGAACAAGCUCCAGGGCUGUCCUUAUUUUGCACGUAUUCCAACUCUUGGUGCAAUGAGCCCAGACAUUUGUAAAGAUCGAACUGAACACAUUUUAGAAAUAUUAUUUGUUCACAUUGUAGUCACCAUUAACGGUUAAAGCAAACCAUGCUUUGAAAAAAAAGUGUCCUUACUGAAAUACAUUAUGCCUAUUCUGUAUGGAUGAAGGUGUUACAAUACCAAAAAUAAUUCUGUAUUGUUUUGUAUAUCUCAAAAUAUGGAUUGUAUAGUAAAUUAAUAAUACAAAUGAUUAUUUAUACUGAAAUGUUACUUUUCUCUUGUGCAGAUUGUCUGGCAAUACUGUUUUUUUUUUAAAGUGUUUAUGUUCCCUAAAAUAAUUGUUGGUUUGCUGUUAUUGACAGGAUUAUUGUCCUCAGGACAUGCAUUCAGGAUGUGGUUUGCAGUGUUCAAGACUGAAUAAAGAGUGAAAC